GUCACAGAUUUUCAUAAAACUUUUUUAAAUGAAUGCUUAGUGAUGUAGAAACAUAUUGGUCAUAAUAAAAAAAUAUGGUAAUGUUCAUUGCCAUGGUAACUAUAAAAUUCAUUUUCCGAAAUUUACAGUAGAAACCUUUAAAGUCCAACUUAGUAUUUCUUCAAAAUGCACCGAUAAAAUCCCUUGAAAUUAACAGAAUACAAAGUUAUCACAUAAUAGUUUAUAUAUGCCAAAAAGCAGAUAUGUGUUAUUUCAAAUAAGAAAAAUAAUUCACCUUGGUCAUAUAGAAAUUUGCUAUCAGGAGUGCAAACUUCUACAAGAGUUAUUUCCCUUAGUACAACUCUUUUGUUGUUUAUGUUGAAAAUGAAAGUAGCUUCAGCAGCAGACACACGAAAUGGUUUGCAAUUUUAACACAAACUGCACUACAGAUGAGUGUUCUGAUGAUGUAACUGAUAUCAACACAUGUGAUUGCAAUGACAAAAAUAUAAUUUUAACUGAAUCUGGUCUUUUGCCAAAGAAUUUUACUGAUUUUUAUAUAUGCUCAACCCAUUUUAACCAAUUAUUGAAAAGAAACUCGGAUUUGAGAAGGAGAAAAGUAUGUCAGCUUCCUACUUUGAUAAGUGCUCAUCCUCCAGUAGCAUCACAUUCUGUUGUUGGUGUUAAAAAGCCAAAGCCUAGCCGCAAUAUCACCAUCAAUGAUGUAGAGAAAAUUCAGAAGUGUUAUGGCCUCACACUUCCUAUUGGAACACCUGCAUGCACUAGCUGCCUUAUUAAAAUUUCCAAGCAGUCCACAGAGAUAGAAGCUGAAAGUCUGGAUCAAGGAAAGUGUGAAGAUGACCAGAUUCAGCAAUGCACAAACUUGAAUACAGAUGAUGAAACCUAUCUCAUGGAGACUGACGAGUUGGAUAUGUUAACAGAAAAAGAAAAUAUUUGUGAUAAUCUUAUUGAAAUUUCAGCAUCUGAAUAUACAGUUACAUCAGAAGAGUCAGGAAGUCAAAAUUAUUUAUCCCAGUCACAACAAUCAGUCAGAAGUUAUGAACGUGGCAGCUACUUGGCAUCUUUGAAUGAUUUCCUGUCAUCAGUCAGAUUGCAGGAAUUCUCAGAAAAAGAAAGAAAAACAUGGCAGUCCUACACAUUUAAAACAAGAAACACCUACAAAGAAAGAAUUGAUGAGAUUAUGAAAUUGAUAAUAGGAAUUUUAUUUCCAAACGAUGUUGACGAAGUAAUUGAAGAUAUAAAAUGUCCCAAGCAGUUAAAUGAAGAAAACAGAACCGAUCAUACAGAGUACAAAGAUAUUGUCACUUCAUACAGAAAAGCAGAAUCCUGGCAACAAGGGAGACAAGUUCUUUCAGUUCUUGCCUCAAGAAUGUCCUUCAAGGACUUACUGUCUCUACUACCAGAAGUAACAUCCCAUCGCUACUAUGCUGCUCUCAGUCAUUCAAAGAAAAUAGGGCCAGCACUUCCAAUUCCCGAGAAAAAACUGCAUCGACAAAAAUUAGAUCCUGAAAGAUUAGACUCAUUCUUAGAUUUCAUUACAUCCAGUCAUGUUGUCCGUGAUCUACCGUUUGGGGAAAAAAAACUGAAGUUUUCAGAUGGAACAGUCCACAAUUUACCUAAUGUUGUACGUUGCAUGGGUUCAGCAGACAUAAUACAGCAGUACAAAGCAUACUGUCAGGAAAAUGAAGUUUUACUUUUAGGUGACAGUACGAUGUUCAAAAUACUUGCUCAGUGUGGUGCUAAAGUCAGAAAAAGCCUUGAAGGACUGGAUUAUUUUGUAGCAGAAGGGGGACGUGCCUUUAUUACUCUUCAAGAUGUCUUAGACAAAUUGCUGACCUACGACGCUAUAUCACCUGAUGACCACAAAAGUUUUCAGGCACUGUUCUUACAAUCAAAGCAGUAUUUAAGGACUGACUAUAAGCAAAUCACAAGUUUCUUUUCUAGAAUGAGCAGGAAGAACAAAUCAUUUGAUGAUUCCGUUGAUGCAUCAAGGGAAGAAACUAUAACAACUAUCAGGAGAGAACUAACUGCAGAUGAACUUAAUUAA